CGUUAUAUCGCACUGAGCUAUUGCUGGGGUCCGAAACAGCAGGACACGUUUCUCACAGAUGCAAAAACCUUCGCGGAUCGAAAGGCUGGCUUCAGGGCGUCUGAUCUACCGCCCCUUUUUACUGAUGUCCUCACAUGUGCUCGCGCGCUAGGAAUCGACUAUAUCUGGAUCGAUCGACUGUGCAUCAUACAAGGAGAUGCUAGCGACUGGUCCGCCCAAGCGCCUAAGAUGGGGCAAUACUAUGGCAAUGCUACACUGAGCCUUGUCGCGGCAUCUGCAGAAUCAGAGAUGGAUAGCAUCUUAGUAGAGAGAGAUCCGAAAUGGAGAAGCUAUGGUCUCAACAUCAAGCCCCAGUGGGCACCUGACCACUCACUUGGUCUUCGCUUUCGUCGAAGACCCUAUCUGUUGGGUUGGGAAGCAGAAGGAGGGAAGUAUGGCAAAGUCUCCAAAAGGGCGUGGAUCUGGCAAGAGCGUUUGCUUGCUGCACGCACCGUAUUCUUUACGCCAUCUGCGCUGAAGUUUGAAUGCCGCAAUCAUUCAGUCUGGGAAGGAUACGGUGCAUCUGUUACAAGCCCUUCUUGGACGGCUCGAGUGGAGAAGAUGACCCAUCUGGACUGGUUCACCCUAGUGCAAGAGUUCUCCCAGAGAGAUAUCACAUACUCCCUCGACCGGUUGCCUGCCAUCAACUCCGUAACAGAACGAAUU